CUCGGAUCAGUCUGCUUUAGGCGGCCGGCUCUUGUAGCCGCGUGUUAAUACUGUGAUACCGAUGGUCGGUACUAAGUAGUCAUGGAUCUAUCCACAAAGUUGUACCGACUCAUUGUGGUCAAUUUGUUAACCGUAUACUACUGUAUGGUAGUGCUAAUUAUUAUUGCGCUGAAUAAUGUAAAGGGCUUGUUCGUGAAUUCGUUAACCCCGAAGAGGAAACUCGAACCUCCGGCCUGCCUCUCUGACCCGAAGUAUGGAGUGCACAAAUAUAUUAAAGUUAAUAAAAUAAAGCUACACUAUGUGGAAAGUGGAGAUCCGUCGAAGCCCCUUAUGUUGUUCCUCCACGGGUUCCCAGAAUUUUGGUACUCUUGGCGACAUCAGAUUCUUGAUUUCCAGAAAGACUAUUGGUGUAUUGCUGUAGAUAUGAGGGGCUACGGGGACUCGGAGAGACCAGAAGGCCUUGAAGCUUAUCAAUAUGAGGAAUUAAUAGAAGAUGUUAGAGAUCUCAUUCGUCAGCUAGGUCGCGAAAAGUGCAUAUUGGUCGCCCAUGAUUGGGGUGGUCUGAUCGCUUGCAAGUUCCGCGACCUCUAUCCAGAUGUAUUGAGUGGUGUCGUUUUGUUGGCGAGCCUGUCUCGAGAAGCCUGGAUGCAAUCAAUUUGGUCUAAUCCUGUACAAAGGAAGAAAUCAUGGUACGUGUUCAUGUACCGAAUGCCUGGGCUGGCAGAACAUGUUUUGCAACUGGACAACCUGGUGAUCUUCGACAAAGCGAUGCUGGUACCGGGAAAAGACACUAUUACUCAACAGGACAUGGAGUGUUACAAAUACUGGUUUGGAAAACAAUUUGCCUUUACUCCUCCGGUGAACUACUACAGAGCGAACUUCGCUUACUGCUUGCCAGAGAAGCAUAUCACCGAUAAGGUGCCGAUGCUCGUGAUCCACGCUGCCAAAGACCCUUACAUAGACCUAUCAGUCCUGGACAUCAUGAAGCAGGAGUACUCAGACAUUGAGACAACUGUCAUCGAGGACUGCGGGCAUUUCCUCCAGCAAGAAGAACCAGCAAAAGUUAAUAAGGUCAUUAGGGAGUUUUUGGCUAAACGUCUUUGAAUUUAACCUUUUAAUAAAUUAUAAGUUACGCAUUUUGUUUGUAAAGUCGCUUUUUAUUAGGAACUUGUCAGUUAAUAAAGUUGUAACCACCUGUUAAAAA